CUUUGAAGCGUUGCGGUUGGUCGCGAAUCUGAAACCGGAGCCAGAGGCAAUCUCUAGCCAUCGCAUCCAGAGCUCUCUCUCCUUCUGCGAGACGCGUCGUGGCGGAGUCUUGGACUUUCCAAGAACUGUUUACAUUGUUAGGAAACUAAUUAAAAUUUUCAGGCACCAUGUGCCAAAGCAAUCCAAAAUAAUAAAGUUGAUGCGGAAAUAUAUAUUGGAAAAUCGCUGAGUAAAAUCAAAAUAAAAGCUUCUUCGUGGGAGUACGAGUUAAAUCAACGACCGAAGGCCCUAAAGGAAAUUUUAACCAAACAAAAUGCUGAAAAUCUGCAUUUUUACAUUGGUAAUUUCGGCAGCUGCCGCAGCAGCUGUAACAACAACAAUAGCAACAGAUACAACUACAACAGCUCCAACCCCUACAACAACAACAACAACUGUGGCUGCAACAACAACGGAAACUCCAAAAACAACAUCAUCAACCAUAAAAAAUGACUUGGGUGGAAGUGACGGCCCUCUGGGAGCAGGCGAAGGCAACCGAACGUUGCUGAACAUUUUCAAGGAUGUGCCUGAGGAGCGCGAGGCUGAGGCCUCAGUGGGUGGUUCAACCUCAACGGCCACGCCCACCACAACAGCCACCACAAGCACAACAACAACACAGGCAACAACAAUCACCGCAAGAACUGCAAAAGCUGCACCAACGACACCAACACCAACAGCAACAACAACGGAAAAUGAGGCAGCAUCGGGUGGCGGCAUGCUAAUGACAACAGCAAUGCCCCCAGCGAAUUUGGGUGAGAUGAGCAGCAUUAAGGAUGCUCUGCAUCGCAUCAAAUUAAGCGAGAUUCCAUCAUCAUCCACAACGGAACAGGCAGAGCUGGCAUUGGAGAUGACAGAACAGUCAAAGGCAGCACCAGAAGAUGCAGCGACCGUAGAGCUGAAGGAACAAUCACCAGCGGAAGAAGCUCCUGAUGGGGAUGAGGACAUCGCAACCGAAUCUCCACUGCAAAUACAAAUGCAGGCAGCUGCCUCCUACCAAGUGGCCGAAACUCUGGCAGAUCUAAAUGAGGAGGAACGUGCUCGCUACGAUGCGAUGUUGGCACACCAGCCCACGGCCAGUAAACUGAAUAUUGUGGAUCUUUAUCCACUGAAAAUCGAAGACUUUCAACCCAUUAUUCAGAAUGAUAAUGAGGAACUCCUUAGGCAGCGUACCAUCUUCACACAACCCGAGAAUAAUGACGAGUACCGACAGAAUCUAAUGCCCAAUGAGGUGGAGAUGGUAAUCAACAGAGGCGAAGAACCAGCCCAGGAGAAACUGAGAGUCAAUCAGGCCAUUGGUGGUGCCACAACCACACCUAUAUCAAGCCAGGGAACUACAGCAGAUUUCACAGGGAAACUUCUGGCCGAUCAAGACGAUCUUAUCACCGAAAUUGAAAGCAAAUUUCAGCUACAAGAGACGACCACAACAGAACCGAAGGCAACCACAACCACAGGGCGACCAUCAGCGUCUCUUCUUAAACCCGGCGACUCCUUCAUCGAUCGACGAGUGAAGAAAAGCUUUGAGUUUCCCAUGCAGCAUCGUGCAAGCGAUGUGAUGGCCAUGCCCCACAUAGACUUUGCCAACACAAAGUUCCAAACGGAUUCGUUAGACUCUGGCGAUGGCAAGGCGGCUGUGGGCUCAGCGUUGCACAUGGCCUCGCAUCCGGAGUUCUCCACCACAAAGUUUUACAACAGCAAGGAGCUGUACAACGAAAUGCUGCUGCAUAAUAAGCGCAAGUUAAUGAAGGAGACCAAGUCAACGAGUAUGGCAGCCUCGGGAGCAGCUGAAAGCCCGAUGGUAAAGUCAGUGAAGGAGGACACAACUCCGUUGGCAUUGAGCGUGUCUCUGGUCGCAGACGGGCCAACUUUUUCACCAACAACAACAGCAGCAGCACCACCACCACCAACAAUAUCUACUACAAUUCUGGCCACAACGCCAGCAACAGUAGCAGCCGCAGCAGCAGCUGACUCAACCACAACAAAAACCUCCACUGUGGGAAACUCUGGGAAAUAUCAGAAACAGCUUAAGCGUGCCAAAUUAUUGCUCAAGGCCCUGACUCCGCCCAAACCAGACAAACUGGCAGUUGUCUCGUCACCCGUGAAAGUCGCAGCCACAGAGCCAUCUCCGCCAGCAUCUCUGGCACCAUCUUCAUCAACGACUACCAUGGCGACUCCAGCACCAAUGAUGGCCACGUCCAGGACGCGUCUACAGCGGCCAGUUAAUCCCGCUAAGGCGGCCUCAAAGCCAAUUGCCAGGCCGCGCAUUUUAAGUCGCCUGCAGGAGAAAAUCAAUUCCCUCGAAUGCGAGAUACAGAAUGUGCCGCAGGAUUCGCAUUUGUGGCGUGGCAAUGAAACCCACGAAUUGCUGCUGCCCAUUGUGACUACGGAGCACUGUAAGCCGGACGAGCACUGCAUACCAAAUGUCCUCACCUGGCGGGGCGAGUCGGAGAUCCAGUCCGGCGAUAUUCUAAUUGUGGAAAUCAAUGAUGCCAUGCUGAAUCCAUCACACCAGCCGAACAAUACCAGCAGCGCGGUACAUGCCACACAGGUCUAUCAGGUAACACGCUCCGGCCACGAGCAUUGCGAUGUAACCGAAGGCGUCCUCUUGGAUAUUACACCGCUGGUGGUCGAUGGCAGGAAACUGGUUACGUUGUAUGAUAAGGAUCUCACCGAGGGAGUUAACUUGCUAAUUGUGGUGUCCGAGCUGUGGGGUGCGCAAUGUGUUCGCCUGAAGGUGACCACGAAAACCGACAAUUGUGGCGAGAAUGCCGAUUGUUCGGGCAAGGGAGUGUGCUACUCGAACGCCGGCAUGGAGGAGUACGAGUGUCAGUGUUGCAGCGGUUUUGCGGGUCCGCACUGCGAGGAGAUCGAUGCGUGUAACCCCAGUCCGUGUACCAACAAUGGCAUUUGUGUUGACCUGUCGCAGGGUCAUGAGGGUAACUCCUAUCAGUGCCUGUGUCCAUACGGAUAUGCGGGCAAGAACUGUCAAUACGAAUCGGAUCCCUGCAAUCCCGCCGAGUGCAUGAAUGGCGGCAGCUGUGUUGGCAAUUCGACGCAUUUUCGCUGCGAUUGUACGCCCGGCUUCACGGGUCCUCUGUGCCAGCACAGCCUGAACGAGUGCGAGUCGUCGCCCUGUGUGCACGGCAUCUGUGUGGAUCAGGAGGAUGGCUUCCGUUGCUUCUGUCAGCCAGGAUUCGCCGGGGAGCUGUGCAACUUCGAGUAUAAUGAAUGCGAAUCGAAUCCGUGUCAGAAUGGCGGUGAAUGCAUCGAUCACAUUGGCAGCUACGAGUGUCACUGCACGAAGGGCUACACUGGCAACCGUUGCCAAAUAAAGGUUGAUUUCUGCGCCAACAAGCCUUGCCCCGAAGGACAUCGCUGCAUGGAUCAUGGAAAUGAUUUCAGCUGCGAAUGCCCAGGAGGUCGCAACGGACCGGAUUGUAAUCAAAUGCCACGAACGUACUUCCAGCAAUGCCAAGUGAAUCCUUGUACCCAUGGCGGCACUUGUUGGUCCAGCGGUGAAAGUUUCUACUGCGCCUGCCGUCCUGGCUACACCGGAACCAUGUGCGAAGAUGAGUUUGUGGUCGAGACUGUCGUUAGCUCCAGUGAAUUUAUUGUCGACGAUGCGAACGCUAGAAAUUUUAAUGACAAAACUUUCGGUUCAUCGGUUGUGCUUAAGAGUCCCAUUGAAUUGCAUAAUGCAUAUUUUGCGGCCGGAGUUCUGGCAGCCGCCAUUUUCAUCGUUGCCGUUGUGGUCACCAUUUGUCACUGCAAGGUCAACCAGACGUAUCGCAAAUUCUCCACACGUUCCACCUCGUUUAUACCCAUUUUGGGUUUCAGUCGACGCCCCAAAAUGCAGGGCAAACUCAAUAAACAUUGGCUGAGUGGCAAGGGUCUUAAUGGUCCUGGCCAGCCCGGCACCAGCAGCAGUAGCGGUGGCGGUGCAGCAGGACCAUCCGGCGGUGGAGCGCAGCGAGGAAGCCUGACUGGAGCGACGACGCACUCAAUGCGCCACUUGCCCAGCCACCCACAGGCACAGACACAGACACAGACCACGCUGGGCUGUGGCGGUGGCGGUGGUGCCACUGGCGGUGGCAACAACUGUGCUGGUGGUGGACAACUGCAGGAGCGACCUUUCCAGCGGCACCUGGCCAUGAACCUUGAGAACGACAUGUACUACACCGUGGAGAACUCGCAGCACUCACCGUUGAUUCAGUGAGAAUUGGAUGGGAACGGUGAAUGGUUGGUAAAGUUUACGCCACGCACUGAUCGGAGCCACACGCAUUGAGGAGUGGUUAUUUGUGGGUGGGGCGGUGUGUGGGGCACGCCCUGGGUAGGAGUGUGUAAUUAACUUUGAUGCUACUCGUUGAAUAUUCCAAAUAUUGAACAGUAUUCGAUAAUAAUAAACUAAAUUAAAAUUAAACCAUGCCUAAAAGUGAACUAAACGAAAUGGACGGAGGACGGAGUGUCGGUCGGGUGGAUGGGUGGCAUAAUUGACUUUAUGAUUAUGAUUCCAACUAAUGCAAACACAAAUAUCUAUGAUUAAUACAUGUAUCUCUCUGGCAUAAAUAGGCUUAGCUAACUUGUUAAUCAAGGUUUAUUUUGGCCAAAACGCACACACGCCCAAAACAAAUAUAUACACACACACACACAUAGAUUUACAGACUAUAAAAUGAUAAUGUUUGAUUAUGAAACAAAAGCCGCAAGGGAAAUAUCCAAGGCAAAGGCAGUGGCAGUGGCAGAGACUGGAAUGGACUGCCUGCAGAUAAUCUUGAGUUAUGUAAAUGUUUAAUAUACCUGCAUUAAUCCUGCGCCAUUUCUGUGGCCAUCUGCGUUAGCUUAUUAUAUGUAUGAAUUUUGCACAUUUAUGUGCGGACUUGCCAGACAUGUUGCAACUUCAAUUUACUCGCAUGUCUCGCUGCUCAUGUGAAAUAAUUUUAUGGCUAGCAGGUGGAGAGUCAGAAUACGGAAUGCUCUUAGCUAAUUGUUGUCAUGAAAUUUGUAAUGCAAAUUCAUAUUUAGCAAUGGACAUUAGCAACAGCAUGGAGACAGUCAACGAAACAAAGGAAAAAACUCUGGGGAAGGGUUUGCUGUUUAUGCGAAGAAUCUAAUAUAUGCACAGGAUAUUUUCUGACUCUUCAUCAGAAACCCACUGUAAUUCAUUUCUAAAAUGUUUCCAACAAAAGCUACAAGAAACUAAUGAAAAACAGCAAUGGAUAUUAUUUUAUGGCAUCUGCAUAUCCAUUUUUGGGCUUUAUUUUCACCGCAUUUUCAUUUGCAAAUGUUUGCAAUUAGUUAAAGAAUAAUCAUAGAGAAGGGACAUUCCAUUGAGAACCGCAGUGGGAGUGAUGUGAUGCUCCAAACGAUAUUAAAUAAUGCUACAGAAAUCAAUUUCCUCUUGAAUGUGUCCCAAAUAUUGGAAUUAUAUCAACUAAUUUUAGGAAAUGAUGUUUAGUUUAGUUUUAAUUAAUUUUGCCAUGGCAACAAAUAGUGUUUAUCGAUGGAUGACAGCAGAGUGUGGGCAGGGGGCAGGGGGCAGGGGACAGGAAGUGCAGCUAUAGGUGAGUGUUAUAAACUCAAUUUAGUCGGUGCAGAUAUCAGAGAUUAUUGCUGGCUAACUGAAUUUGGUUUUUGGGUAUUUGCAUUUGCAUUUGCAUUUGCAUUUGCCUUGGCAUAUGAAUUAGCACUCAAAUGUUGUUAGUGAAAAUUAAUUAGCAUAAAUUAAAAAUGUUUGCGACAAAAGUUAAUAUGUUUUUUGUGCAUAAAUAAUAUACGUUUCGAAGUCAUUUCCAUAAAUGAUUGUGUAACUAUGGAUUGGUUGAGCGUGUGUGUGUGUGUUUGCCACAUUUAGCAUAUGGAUAUUCAUGAUAAUCAAUUGGCAAAAGAGAAUGACACAAAGUUUCACUCAAUAAUUGAUUAAAAUCUAACAGACAAAAAAUGCAGCAACAACAACAGAGUAAUACUUAAAUUAAUAAGUGAAAUAAAUUGAAAUGGAAAUUCCAUUGAGAGCCAAUCUUUUGCAUCAAUAAUAAUUGUGGAACUUUUGGAAUGCCGUAUCAAAUGAGUUUGUAAUUAAAAUGCUAUAUUAAGUAAUUAAUGACGAUAAAAUGAGGCAAAACCAAACGAAAAUAAGAAAUACAAAAAAAAAAACGCAACAUAAAUACAAAUGAAAUACAUUUAAUUAAAAGCCUUAGCCUAAGGAGACAGACACUCACCAGAGCA